AUGCCUUCAUAUGCAAAAUUUCUAAAAGAACUCCUCUCUAAGAAAAGAAAGUACAUUGAAGAAGAAACAAAUGAAGUACAGGGAAACUGCAGUGCCAUCAUACAAAAGUUAUUACCUCCCAAGUUAAAAGAUCUAGGAAGUUUCACCAUUCCCUGUACUAUAGGGAAUAUCUUUGUUGGGAAGCCACUAAUUGAUUUGGGGGCCAAUAUCAAUCUCAUGCCACUUUCCAUGUUUGAGAAGAUUGAAGGUUUGGAACUUAAGCCUACUCGGAUGACUCGCCAACUAACAGAUAGAUCUCUAAAUUAUCCUUACGGGGUAGCUGAAUAUGUGUUGGUAAAAGUAGACAAGUUCUUGUUUCCUGUAUAUCUUGUUAUCAUGGAGAUGGAAGAAGAUGUCAAUGUUCCUCUUAUUCUUGGGAGACCUUUUAUGAAGACUGCAAGAGUUUUGAUUAAUGUGGAAAAUGGAAAGCUGAAGGUGAGGGUGCAAGAUGAAGACGUAAAUUUUGAUGUCUUUCAAGCCAUGUCUCACCUAAAGGAUGACAAGGGGUGUUUCCAUCUUGACACUCUUGACAAAAUAUCAACUGCAGCCUCUUUAGAUCCAACCGUGGAGGGUUGUCUUUUAUAUUGCUGGGCCGUGUGGAGGUGUGAAGGAACCGUGAAGAAGCUUGCUGGAACGUGGGUUGAUGGAUUUGUGUCGCAAGCUUGCUUCAGUCGGAUGCUGGACUUCUUCCGUGGGCCAUGA